AUGACCACCCCCAACAUCGACGACCUCCUCCUACAUCUUGGAGACAGUCCUGACAAUGAAUCUGUUGAAGCAGUGACUCCCAGGACGCUCGAUGUCUGCGGCGGAACCGCCUUUCGCUUAGUACUACUCUUGCAACUCAGAAAGUAUAAGUCACGAAAAAAACCCACUGUCGACGACGCCUGGACAAACUGGAUGGAGAGCAUCGCAACUAGCGGCCAAAUCCAGCAGCUCGAGCUUCAGAUUGUCGAUAGUUUCAAUGACUUCCUAUAUGAGCACCGGACUACCCAAGACAUCCAUACCGUUUUGUGGACUUCGUUUCCGAUUUCUGAUAACUCGUCACGGAGGCUUCGCGUUGUCGAUUUUCUAAUGGACGGUGACUGUCCACCCACACUUCUCAGUCACGACGUGGUGAUGUUCAGUCUUGAGCAUCUCUGGAGAUAUGGGAACGCCUCUGUCGAAGUCCCCGCUCGAUACCAGGCUUUUUGCACACCACGCGUUUUGCAUCUCGUUGACUUAUCGGCACACCUAUUCUACUUUGGGUUGCUUGUCAGCUACGUCAUGCACCCACCCUACGAACCGACCAUAUUCCACGUGGAUGGUCAACUUCAACGGACUGGAUGGCGGGAGAUUCUGCUCGUGAUCCUUUCGGCUUCGAUCCUUUGCCGUUCAUGGAACUGGAGCAACAUACCCACCUUCAUCCUGUUCUCCGUGUUCAUGCUCCAUCUUCCCACUGUUCCUUUUGCUGGUGGGUUAGGCUUCGACGUUCUGCUAUUUUGUUUCGCUUGCCAUGCCUUUCAGUUUCAUUUCCCUGCGGCACCCAGUCCUCUGCUGCUUUUCAAGCGCAGUUUACCAUUUGCUACUUUUCUCGCCCGCGGUUUUUAUCAUAUAAUAAUCCCCUUUAUACUGUUCUUCCUCCCCAUCUUCCUCUUAAUCACCACUUGGUUGUCAAUAGCCCUUUCGGAGACUUUCCUUUCACCCUCCUCAAUGAUACCCACACCGAUACAAACGCGAACGACAGUACUAUACCUCUUUUUCGCCCUUGUUUCUGUCAUAUCAUGCGCUCUUUUUAUUCUCGUCGUACGAGGUGGCAGCCUUGCCGACACCAGAGGCUGGGAUGGAUAUUCAGCUCCCAUUGGCCAUAAUGCGAGAGCAUCAUUCGUCAAGGCAGUCGUAGCCUAUGCUUCUCCCCAUACCUUUCCUGCCCCGUUUAGUCUCCUGCAGAUGAUUUUCAUCCGCAUCCCCUCAUCACUAAUGCGGCGGCAACCAGCUCCCCAGGCGGAGAAACUACUGUGGCAAUUGACUGUCUUUCCUAUUUCAAUGCCACUAGCAAUCUUUUUCCUUGUUUUCCCAGAUCAAUGGUUGGGUUGA